UAUAAUCCCAUCUUACGUUUCUGCAGAUUUAAGUCGUAUUUCGAAUUAAAAAGGUUAAAAUGCUUGUGUUAUCUUGUCUAUAACUGAAGAUACGUUUCUAGCAGAGCUGCAAAUACACUAAUAUGAUACGACCGUUGUCCUUACUUUGCAGAAGAACUUUUUCUACAAGUCGAGUUUCAGCGAAAAAGAAAUUAGUUGGUGCGGAAACUAGUAAAGGAAGUAAAGCCAAAGUAUUAGUUGAGAUUCCAAAACCCAUUCGUGACACAAAACUUCUACAAACCAGAUGUUGUGGAUUGAACAAAUAUAUUGAAGGGGAAGACCCUGUUCUGAAACCAGAUCAUGAAUACCCUGAGUGGUUGUGGACAAUCCACACAGGAAAACCGAAAACCUUUGCUGACAUGGACCCCGACACCAAGGAAUACUGGUAUGCGUUAAAACUUGCCAACCGUAAACAAAGGAACAAAGCUAAAAAGGGCGUACGUUUCUACACCCCACCGAGAACUCAUGAGCUAAAAUUUCAAAGUAGACUACCACUACGACAAUCACAAUAAUUACUAAUAAAUAUAUUUCAAUUUAUUUACAAAAAAAGCAAUCACAAGUGCAUAAAUAUCGAAAAUAUUAAGCAAAACAAGGCAACGGGUAAAGUGGCUCUAACUAAAUACGCUGAGCUUGUCUGGCAGCAAAACGCUCUCUGUUGAACCUGUGACGCAAUAUCUUGGGUCACCAAUCUCCCAUACCAGCAUCUGUAGCCUGGAAACUGGACAAUUCCAGGAUCACAACGAUGAACCAUCUUUAUAAGUUUCGUGCCGUCUCCAAACCAACCCCAGUCGUAACCUUUAUACGUGCUCUGGAAUAAAGUGGAAAAUAUCGGUUUCACAAUUGAA